AUGGGAAUAAUUGGCUCCUCCUUAUCAAAUAAUAUAGAUGAUAACUUUCACAAUGAGCAUAGAGUCACAUCCAAUACGUAUGCUCCAUUUUUAUUUUCCCCAAAGAGAACAGAUAAUGAUCGUUUGUGUAACAUAAUAUCACAAGGACCAAAUAUAAACAUUCAAAGAACAUCAGUUGUUAGAAAUUCCGUAAAUUUACGUAAAAAGACACUGAGAAUUAUUAACAACGGAAAUAAUGUAUAUUUAAUAAAUUUUGUUUUUGAUUCCUUAUAUGAUGUUGACAUAUCUAUUUAUUUUUGUUGUAAUGAGGAAUUCACAAAGACACAGGAAACGCGCUACUGCCCCACAAAAUACAAAACAGUCACGACAAUAUACCCCAAACAAAUAAACCAAAUAUAUUUGAGUAGACCUGAAGAAGGAAUAAAUUUAAAUUUGUUUGAUAUAAACGACUUGAAGUGGAAACCAAGUUAUGAAUAUAUUAUUCCUAUUUUAAUAGUGCUCAAAGCUAUUGGGGCACCUGUGCCUCAGGCACAAUAUAAUUAUGCAUAUUUACAAGAAAUUGAUGUUAAAAAUAAUAAUACUGGUUAUGGGGAGAAAUAUAAAAUUGUCCUUUAUAGACAAAAAAUACAAUUCGGUAUAAGAUAUUUUGAGGUGCAGGAAAUUUUUGGCAUCGAAAAAUCAAGUGAGGCACAGUCUAACCCGGUCAGCGGCUUUCUCUCAGGGAGGGAAUGUGUAAUAUGCCUAACGGAGGAACGAGAUACAGCCAUUUUGCCUUGCAGGCACAUGUGUCUUUGUAACGUGUGCGCAAACGUUGUAAGGAUGCAAAAUACAAAAUGCCCCAUUUGUAGGCAAGAUGUCAGAGGAUUAUUACAAAUUUCCAUUGAUAACAAUAAGAAAGAUUCUGUUGUUGAUUAA